AUGUCGGAGGCUGACAACACGUCUACAGACCCCAUUACUGACACAGAAAAAUCAUCUGUAGUAACAAUACCCCCAGAAUCUAAAUCUCCCUUAAUAGUACAAGAGGAAAGUAAUGACAAAUUUAAGGAAUCUAUAGACUCAAUAAAUGAUCAGACAUCGAUCCGGCAGAGUGGAUCAAGUCAUAGACCUUUGAUCCGUUAUACAAAAGAGCAAUUACUGGCAUUACGUGAUAGUCCCUUGGUCAAAAAGCCAGACAGAUUGCCAUCGAUGACUACUUGGUAUGGCAAACAAUCUAAUUAUAAUCUCGGAGAUGGGUCGAACAAAACAAAAGAUGAUGCAAACACAUUAGGGAUUCCGAAAAGUCCAACGUUAGCUGUUCAAAAAAGUCCCGGGAGCUCGGCACCAACUUCUCCAAAACCAUCAGGGGGACUUAAAAUAACUGAAGAUAAAUCAGCUGCAGUUCCUUCUAGACCUACCAGAACUGACGGCAUACGCCAACGCCAAGGGGAAGAAAACGGUUCGCUGUUAAGACCAACCGGUAAAGAUUUUGAACCUCGAGCCCCCCGUGGCCCUACUGGUGGUCGUGGAUUUGUUGGAAGAGAGGUUUUACGGCAGAAAUCAAUGGCAGAUAAGUCGUCAUCAAGAGAUAUCAAUGAACCAAGAGAUACACGAGACAUGAGAGAUACGAAUGGUGCUCAUCAUUCUCGCAUGACAGGAUCUUUACGUACACAAGACUUAUCGCGAGGCAAUCGAAGAGAAAAUUCUGGUGUUGGUGGUAAAGAAAAUCUAGUCAAAUCUGGUAGAGCACGAAGUGUUUCUCGAGCUGAUAGUAGUAUUUCUUGGCGAGCCGAGAAUAAAUAUAUUGUUGGAUCAGAUGAAGACUCUGUUAACAAUAAUGUCUCUAUCGAAAUUAAAGAGAAUGGCAAUAAAGAAAAACAACUUAUCGGAUUCGAAGCAGAGCAACCGCUGAAGCUGCAAAAUGUAGAUCAGUUAUUUGGACCCGGUGGAAUUGAUUCUUUGGAUUCCGGUUCUUCUGAUGCUUUUGAUAAAUUUUUGUCACAACAUAAACUUGCAAUGGCUGAAGAGAUCCUUCCAAAGGGCAUUGGAGGAGAUGCAGCAAUUGAUAUUCCUGCUAUCGGUGGUGGGCGAAAAAACGAAUAUGGUGUUCGUGAGCAGCCAACGUCUCGUUUCGCUAAAUUCUUUAAUCAUAGUGAAGACGAAAAUAUUAAUGCGGAACGGAAUGUAAAUGAAAAAUCCAAAGGAAUGUCUUUAGUAUCGCAAAACCAUUCAUCUACGAAUGAAUUAUUGCAUUCCGCCCCAAUCUCGCUUGACACGCUCUUUCAAAGCCAAAUCAAUGUCCCAGUAGCAUCUCCUCGUGCCAUACCUAAUGAUGGGAAACGUAUGCUUUCCGAGGCCGAGGUAUUACAAUCACUUGGUGCAAAGACUGCUGUUCCCAAAAACGAUUAUGAUGAACGAAAUCCUGAAGAUAUAAUGGGUUUCAAUAAGAUUUUAGCAGCCUUGGCAAAAGGAAAUUCUUCAGAGGCUCAAAGACAGUACACAUCAUCAAAUGCUCCGAUAGGAGUAGGAUCAUCAAUUCAACCACCCUCAAAUGAACCAUUAUCUCAUGCUACUGGGAUUCCAUUCAAUGAUCCAUCUAUAAUCAUAGCACAGAAGCAUCAUACCCAUACUAAAAGCAUGCAACAACAAUCGAAAUAUGAACCCAUUCAUAGACAGUUAAGUGUUGGUAAUAUGCCAGAUAUAAAUGCUUCUGAUUCCGCCAAAAAGUUGAACAUGCUUUUUGGGAACAAUGUGCCCACCUCUGUGUAUCGUCAAUUGAGUACAAAAUCUGACGGAGGCUCAAGAGAAUCAUCCGCAUCAUCUUCACCUGCAUUGAAGUUUAAUGCUACAAAGCCAAUCAUUUCAAAUUACCCGCAUUCGCCAAACAUACCACAGUCUGCAAAUUUGCAGGAUCAUCACCUACCUUUAUAUAAAUCACCGCCUCGACCUCGUUCCCCCAUUCUUUCUCAGCAACAGGGACUCGAUCCCUCCCAUUAUCAUAAUGUCAUGUCUUCAUAUUCAAACAACCUCAAUGUUCAUCAGCAUACUCUUGCUCACCCUGAAUUUCCACCUCCUCUUCCACUCGGGCGAAAUAUCCCUGUCGAGCAACUAUUUGCAGCGAUUCCUUCGCGUAAUCCUCCCCCACAGAUUCAUCCACAGUAUCAGCAAGCUCCCCCGCAAAUGCCAUUUGGUUAUCAGCAUCAGGCUGAUCGUUAUCAGCAACAAAUUCCUUUUUCUGGACAUCAGAUUCCACAACAAUUUUCUGUUCAUCCGCAUCAUGCGAUGCUGCCACCUAGUACUGAGACGGCCCUUUUUGCAAAUAUGCAUGGCUAUGCUCAAUUCAUACCGAAUUUGGUAAACAAUGCAAUUGCACCUAAUACAGGACUGCCUCCAAAUAAUAACUUGCAACCACGUGGUAUGAUGACAUUGGAAGAAAUUGAAAGGAGGGGAGGUUUGGGUGGUCGUUAA